CGGGGAAUGAAAUUAAAGCACGAGGGGGGACGUGUCAAAUCAAACCUGCCACAAAACUCGCCAUUUUUGUUGUAACAGUCUUCAUAUCAUAGCAACACUCAAAACGCACGUGACGGAAAGUUUAGAUCUUAAUGUCGGAUCAGUCAAGAACAGCUAGAGUGAGUAAUAUCGGGUGAGUCCAAAUACAAUUCACUGCGGGUAAAAGUAAAAAACCCACGUUUUCCUCGUUCGCAAAAUAAUGAGUCCAUGACCUUAAAGGCUACUUAUUAUUAUAAAUAUUAAAAACACGCCCUUUUCUCCAGCUGAAUCUUGAUCUUGCUUUUUACUCUGGACCCAGAAAUCAUGGGUUCCUCCAGAUUAUGGUUAUUGUUUUUGGUUCAUUUCCUGUUUUCCGCCAAACCCAUUUCACCAGCAGGCUUAGAAUGGAGGCCAGAGGAGAUCCCCAAGAAUUUCUUGGAAUUGGCCAAGGAAUCUGAGGUUUUUGAUUGGAUGGUGGGGAUAAGGAGAAAGAUACACGGGAAUCCAGAGUUGGGGAAUGAGGAAUUUGAGACGAGUAAGCUGAUAAGGGAGAAGCUGGAUGAGUUGGGGGUUCCCUACAAGCACCCAUUUGCUGUCACUGGUGUGGUUGGGUAUGUUGGUUCUGGGAACCCUCCAUUUGUGGCUUUAAGAGCAGACAUGGAUGCUCUUUCUAUGCAGGAAUUGUUGGAGUGGGAGCACAAGAGUAAAGUUGAUGGAAAGAUGCAUGGUUGUGGACAUGAUUCACAUGUUGCAAUGCUUCUUGGUGCUGCCAAGAUUCUUCAAAAAUAUAAACACAUGCUUGAGGGAACGGUUGUUCUGGUUUUCCAACCAGCAGAGGAAGGUGGAAUUGGAGCUAAGAGGAUGCUAGAUGCUGGUGCGCUAGACAAGGUUGAGGCCAUCUUUGGUGUGCAUGUAUUUCCUAGCUAUGCUCUAGGCGAUGUGGCAGCCAGAGCGGGGCCCAUAGGUGCCGGAAGUGGUUUCUUUGAGGCAGUGAUAACCGGGAAAGGCGGUCACGGUGCUAUUCCUCAGCAUGCAAUUGACCCAAUUCUCGCUGCUUCAAAUGUCAUUGUCAGCUUACAGCAUCUUGUCUCCCGAGAAGCUGAUCCUUUAGACCCUCAGGUAGUGACGGUUGGUAAUUUUCAAGGAGGUGGCGCAUUUAAUGUGAUUCCCGAUUCUGUUACUGUUGGUGGAACCUUCCGGGGAUUCUCAAGGGAAGGAUUCGCACAUCUGAGAACACGCAUUGAGGAGGUUAUACUUCAACCUGUAAUCGUACAACAAGCUGCAGUUCAUAGGUGCAACGCGACUGUGACCUUCGACGAAGACACGAAACCAUUUAUCCCUCCCACCAUUAAUGACAAGGGGUUGCAUCACUACUUCCACAAAGUUGCUUCUGAUAUGCUUGGGAGCUCUCAUAUCAAGGAAGCUGCACUCAUGAUGGCUAGCGAAGACUUUUCAUUCUAUCAGGAAGUGAUGCCGGGUUAUAUUUACUUGCUCGGUAUGCAGGACGAAAAUGGCGAUAAACUUCCAUCACCACACUCGCCGUAUUUUAAGGUCAAUGAAGAUGCCCUCCCUUAUGGUGCCGCCCUCCAAGCGUCAUUGGCAGUAAGGUACCUUCUUGACCACAACCCGAAGGUUCCAUCGCCAAAUGCAAACAAGCAUGAUGAAUUGUGAGGGCCCCUGUGAGAGUAAUAGAUCAUAGUCCUCAUGUCUUGGUGUAUGUGUUAGCAUCUGUUCAUGAAUUAUAAAUAAUGUAUGGCGCUUCAAUUGCUUUGUUUAUUUAUUUAUUGAGGGCUUUCUUGAUCAUUGUCUUGAUGUAAAUUAAGUCAGGUUUCUCAGUUUCUCCAUGAUGCGCAAGUGAUCAUGUGUUCGUCUUUCAAAUCUCAAUUAAGCUUAUGGGAAGAUCAAACCUUUCGUGAUUUAGUUGCCCAAGUCACAUUUACAAAACGGUAGGACUUUUCGAAUCA